AUGCAGGGCAAAGGGGGAUUCGUCUCCCAGCUCCCCAGCCUCCAUACGAUCCGUCUCCGUGACAACCGUAUCGGCGCGGUCACCGUGGCGACGUACGGCGGCGGCGCGUUGCUGCGUCUGCUGGACCUCGGCUACAACGAGAUCGUGGCGCCACGCUCGCGCAGCGCCAGGUUGCGCUACCUGACGCUCGACAACAAUGCGCUGACGUCGCUGCACCAGGGGCGCUGGUCGCAGCUGCCAAGUCUCGCGCACCCUGGCCUCAGCGGAAACGCCAUCGCCGCGCUACCAGAGGGCGCUCUACCCGAUCACGGGAUCAACGUCAAAUCUUCGUUACUGGCGAAUAGGGCAUACU